GUCAUUGAGCAUGUCCCGAUCGAUCGCGCAUGCGCCGUGACAGCGGAGCGGCCACUCCGGACGGUGGCCGAGCGCGGGCAGCGCGGACCCCAGGUGUUUUGCCGGGCGGGCCCGGCACCAUGGCGCAGCAGGGCGGGCUCAGCAUGAAGGAGCGGAGAUACGACCGGCAGCUCAGGUUGUGGGGUGAUCAUGGACAAGAAGCUUUAGAAGCUGCUCAUGUUUGUGUGAUAAAUGCAACAGCCACAGGAACUGAAAUCCUCAAAAAUUUAGUACUACCAGGUAUUGGCUCAUUUACGAUUGUUGAUGGGAAUCAAGUCACCGGAGAAGAUGUCGGAAAUAAUUUCUUUCUACAAAGAAGCAAUAUUGGCCAGAACCGAGCCCAAAGUGCCACAGAGCUCUUACAAGAAUUAAAUAAUGAUGUUUCAGGAAAUUUUGUGGAAGAGAGUCCGGACAAACUUCUAGACAAUGAUCCUUCAUUUUUCUGUCGGUUUAAUUUAGUGGUUGCAACCCAGUUACCAGAAAGUAUAUUGGUGCGUUUAGCUGAAAUUCUCUGGAAUGCUAACAUCCCUCUGUUAGUCUGUAGGACUUAUGGACUAGUUGGCUAUAUGAGAAUUAUUAUUAAGGAACAUCCAGUCGUGGAAUCUCAUCCAGACAAUGCAUUAGAAGAUCUGAGACUGGACAACCCAUUUCCAGAGCUGAGGGAACAUAUGCAGUCUUAUGACUUGGAUCAUAUGGAAAAAAAGGACCAUAGUCACACUCCAUGGAUUGUGAUUGUAGCAAAGUAUUUAGCAAAAUGGUACAGUGAGAAAAGUGAGCAGAUACCUAGGAAUUACAAAGAAAAGGAAGCCUUCAGAGAGCUGAUUAGACAAGGAAUCUUAAAGAAUGAAAAUGGGAUCCCAGAAGAUGAAGAGAACUUUGAAGAAGCUAUAAAAAAUGUAAACACAGCACUAAAUGUUACUAAGAUUCCAAGCUGUAUUGAGGACAUUUUUAAUGAUGAUCGUUGCAUCAAUCUCACACAGCAGACGCCUUCCUUUUGGAUUUUAGCUCGAGCUGUAAAAGAAUUUGUAGCAAAAGAGGGGCAAGGAAAUUUACCUGUUCGGGGCACUAUUCCUGAUAUGAUAGCAGAUUCGGGUAAAUUUAUCAAAUUGCAAAAUGUAUACCGUGAAAAAGCAAAGAAAGAUGCUGCUGCUGUGGGUAACCAUGCGGGUAAAUUGUUACAGUCAAUAGGCAAGGCACCAGAGUCAAUUUCACAGAAAGAGUUAAAAUUGCUUUGCAGCAACUCAGCGUUCCUUCGAGUAGUGCGGUGUAGAUCCCUGUCUGAAGAGUAUGGUUUAAAUACAUUUAACAAGGAUGAAAUUAUUUCAAGCAUGGAUAAUCCAGACAGUGAGAUAGUGCUAUACUUAAUGCUACGAGCUGUGGAUAGAUUUUAUAAACAGCAUGGUAGAUACCCAGGUGUGUAUAACUACCAAGUGGAAGAUGAUAUUGGAAAAUUGAAAUCUUGCCUCAGUGGUUUUCUUCAGGAAUAUGGGCUGUCUGUAACAGUGAAGGAUGAUUAUGUCCAUGAAUUUUGUCGCUAUGGAGCUGCUGAGCCACAUACUAUCGCUGCAUUCUUGGGAGGUGCUGCUGCUCAAGAGGUUGUCAAAGUAAUUACAGGACAAUUUGUAAUUUUUAAUAACACCUAUAUUUACAGUGGAAUGUCACAGACAUCAGCAACUUUCCAGUUGUAGAACUACUACGGUAUAUAUGUUGGAAAUUGUAAUUGCAGUCAGGUUUGCUCCAUUCUGUAAAAUAUCACUAGUGUGGUGUGGUACCACUAACUAAACUCUUAUGUAUUUUCCUCCCUAUUAAAAUCUUGUUGCAAAUAAAGGGUUCUCUUAUUAUUUUA